GACAGGCUCGUUGGCAGUCAGUUUGUUCAAUUAAUUCUGGAGAUAUUGUUCUAAAUAAGGUAGUAAAAAUGAGGAAUUCAAAUUUGAUUAGUUGCAUGGUAGUAGUGCUCGUGGCUUAUUUUGGCCGAGCAGACGCCGCCGUGUGGAAUGACUUUCGAGUGAAAUACGACAUCAAUCCAAUCGGAAACUUUAACCGUCAACCACAACUCGAAAGUGGUGCCAUUACUCUCGGCUGGGCCCCCGUUACUACUGGCAAUGAUUGCCAAAAUGGGGGCGAAUAUCUUGGAUUUCGUUACAUCAUGCCGGGUGAUAAUUCCCUCGGCCUAAUUUACGAUGUCAACGGAGUCAUAGCUGGUCUUCAGAUGAUGCUACCCCACGACCUUAUCCUGCCAAAUAACACGUUCAAUUUUGGGGCAAACACCUUCUUCAAGAACGUUACUUAUGAUAAGGAGUACUUCGUAUUAACGGCGUACAUCGUCGAGCCAGAAAUCAUCUGCACCACUGGACGCAACGAGUCGGACCUGAUUGACGUUGGAAUUGGGACAGGCGUUUGGGUUCAGGAUGGAGCCAGCCCUGGAACGUAUCUCCAAAUCCCUGAUUUGAGAGAAGAAGCUUUAAACUCGGGAUGGUCGAAUAACAACUGUUUUGGAGGAAUGGGAACGCACAGCUGGUAUCGGAUGGAGGAUUACGAGGCGACCAACUGUACCGAACAAGUGCCCGUUUUCGGCCUUUGGAGCAGAACCAUGGAACUCCAAGGCUUCGGUUUUAGCGUGCCGGGUACCACGGUCAAUAAGAAUUUCGAAAAUCCACCCACUGUGGCCAUGCAGCUUAUAGCCGGAGCUCCAGCACCACAAUGUCUCUUCGAUUCCAACAACUUGAUCGGAAGCACAACGAUGCACGUCUACUUCAUCAACAACCCUUGGCUGAUUGCUUGUUGAGGCUAAAGUAUUACAAAAAUUCAAGAAAAAUUAGCAAUUUAUUUAUUUAUUUAGAUUGACUAAUUGUCCGUGAAAAGAAUUAAUAAAAUCACUGAUUAUAACAUAAGAA